AUGUCUAAACAUGCUGGGACCAAGGACGCGGCAGCGCCGCAGGCCGCGACAAAUUCGACCCCGCAGAAGGAGUUAUAUCCCAUGGUGAACUGGAAGUACGACAUGUUUCUCUACACUGUCGGUAACAUUGUCGAUAUGUUCUUCCGAGAAGUUGUACCUCGAGGUGCCUGGCGCGUUCCUCAAACUGGUCCUGUGCUGUUCGUUGCUGCGCCGCAUGCCAAUCAGUUCGUCGAUGCUAUUAUCCUCCAGCGCACCCUCCGUAAUGAAGCUAAACGACGAGCGUCUCUUCUCAUCGCCCAAAAAUCGGUCCACGGCUUUAUUGGAUGGGGUUCACGACAGGUCGGUUCGGUUCCUGUUGGCCGCGCUCAAGAUGCCGCGAAACCAGCGACCGGGACCAUCUACCUCCCCGAUCCCAUCAACGACCCGACUCUAGUACGUGGUAUUGGCACCAGAUUCGGAGAGGGUGAGGGCGAGGUUCAGGGCAUGCUUUUCCUUCCGUCUACCAAGAACCAAAGCGGCGCCAGCGUCGAUAUUUCUCAGAUUCUCGGUCCCGAGGAGAUCCGUGUCAAGCGACCUUUUAAGGGUAAGAUCGCUUUGCAACAGCUCACGGGCCGUGACGACAUCGAUAAAGACGGCAACUUUACCAAUAAGGAUGUGAAGGGGCCUGCUCAGGACUACCAGGGCACCAAGUUCAAGUUGGCACCUCAUAUCGACCAGACCAAGGUCUACGAGGCCGUCUUCUCCCGCCUGUGCAACGGUGGCUGUGUCGGUAUCUUCCCUGAGGGUGGUAGCCACGAUCGCACAGAGCUCCUACCUCUCAAGGCUGGUGUCGCAAUCAUGGCUCUGGGAACUCUGGCCCAGGACCCUGACUGUGGGCUCAAGAUCGUCCCAGUCGGCAUGAACUACUUCCAUGCCCACAAGUUCCGCUCACGCGCCGUUGUCGAGUUUGGUGCUCCUUUCGAAAUUCCUCGCCAUCUUGUUGAGCUUUACUGCAACAACCAGCGUCGUGAGGCCAUUGGACAGGUCCUCGACACAGUUUACCAGGCCCUCAACUCUGUCACCGUGUCCGCGCCCAAUUUCGAUACGCUCAUGGUGGUCCAGGCUGCCCGUCGACUCUACAACCCUACAGGCAAAAAGCUCCCACUGCCGGUGGUGAUCGAGCUGAACCGCAGGUUAUGUAUGGGUUAUGAGAGAUACAAGAACGACGAGCGCAUUACAUCUCUGUCCGCCGCGGUCAAGGAGUACAACUCACAAAUACGAUACCUCAACUUGAAGGAUCAUCAGGUACAGUAUGCCAAGAUGAACAUGAUUAAGGUCAUUUUCCUCUUCAUCUACCGAUCGAUCAAACUACUCUUCCUCUUCAUAUGCGCACUCCCGGGCUUGAUUCUCUUCGCGCCUGUCUUUGUGGCGACCAGGAUUAUCAGUCGAAAGAAGGCCAAAACAGCACUGGCAGGUUCAACUGUCAAGAUCCGUGGCCGCGAUGUCAUGGCAACGUGGAAGAUUCUUGUAGCAAUUGGCCUCGCGCCUACGCUCUACCACAUCUACUCGUCAAUCAUCACGUUCAAGGUUUGGCAAGACCGUCUUUGGGGUUAUGUUCCCGAGGGUGUGCCACUGUGGGUGGUCUAUUUCGCCUUGUGGCCGUUCAUGGUUGGUAUCACGUUUGCCUCCUUACGCUUUGGUGAGGUUGGCAUAGAUAUCUUUAAGUCUCUCCGACCACUGCUCCUGUGCCUGACACCAUCCUCAAACUACAACAUUCACAAGUUGCGACUGAGACGAGCCGAGCUGAGCGCCCAAGUGACAGAUGUUAUCAACACGCUUGGACCUGAAAUGUUUGACGACUUCGAAAAGGCACGACUCGUGCCUGAUCUGUACAAGGCCGAGGGCGGUUCUGCCACCUCUCCCAAGUCACACAGACGGCAAGAUAGCGAUCAGUCCAGUACUGGAUAUGAGCCCGAGACACCACCUGCUCUUUCGCGCCGAAGCACGACGCAGUCAAGCCGAGCCCUCCCGCGCAACGAUUCUUUCAGCAACAUUGGACAUGUGGGCAUCUUCUCUACACGACCACCGUCUCGAGCCCGCAGUAGGUCGCGCUCGAGCAGCAGUGGAGGCGGUUUUGGAUCUGGCGGGUUCCCGCUUAGUGGAUUCACCACCCUGGAUUCGUCGGGUGGAUUUGAUGAAGCGAGUCGCAAGAUCCGAGAAGCUAUGAAGAACAGACGGCACAAAACAGAACAGGAGAGGACGGAGGGAGACGAGGAAGAUGAGGAUAGUGAAGAGGAGGGUUACGAUGAGGCGAGGAAGAAGAACGCAUGA